CUCUAUUGGCUGGGAGGGUUCGGCGUCUGCCAAUCGCCGGGUGGGGAUGCCGGGAGUGUCGUGCCACGUGUAGGGUUGAGCUGAUGGCGGCUCCGCUGCGCGGGCGGCUGCGGGCGCUGGCGGCAGCGCUGGGGGGCUGCGGGCUGCUGCUGGGCUCGGCGCUGGCGGUGGGCGAUGAGCGGCUCUACGCGGCGGCGGUGAUGCCCGCGCUGCGCGCCCUCCCUCCCGAGGCCGCCCACGGGCUGGCCCUGCGCGCUGCCGCCCUUGGGCUGCUGCCCCCGGCCCGGACCGACGGCCCCGCGCUGGAGGUGCGAGUGCUCGGGCAGUGGUUCCGCAACCCGGUGGGCCUGGCCGCUGGCUUUGACAAGCAGGGCGAGGCUGUGGAUGGGCUGUACAAGAUGGGCUUUGGCUUCGUGGAAGUGGGGACUGUCACACCCCAGCCCCAGGAGGGGAACGCCAGACCCAGAGUCUUCCGGCUGGUGGAAGACGAGGCUGUCAUCAACAGGUAUGGAUUCAACAGCCACGGCCAUGCUGCGGUGGAGCGCAGGCUGCGGGCCCGCCACGAGACACAGCUCAGGCUCACGGGUGCGGGGAUGCCCCUUGGAGUCAACCUGGGCAAGAACAAGAGCUCCACUGAUGCUGCAGCUGACUAUGUGGCUGGGGUGCGGAUGCUGGGCCCUUUGGCUGACUACCUGGUUGUGAAUGUGUCCAGCCCGAACACUCCAGGGCUGCGGGACCUGCAGGGCAAGGCUGAGCUGCGGGACCUGCUGACCAAGGUGCUGGCGGAGAGGGACGCGCUGCCCUGCGAGCGCAAGCCAGCUGUGCUGGUGAAGAUUGCCCCUGACCUCACCACGCAGGACAAGCAGGACAUCGCCAGCGUCAUCUGCGAGCUGGGUGUGGACGGGCUGAUUGUCAGCAACACCACCGUGAGCCGCCCCAGCGGCCUCCGCAGCCCACUGCGCACGGAGCCCGGGGGACUCAGCGGGAAGCCCCUGCGGGAGCUUUCCACACAGACCAUCAGGGAGAUGUACUCCCUCACCCAAGGUCAGGUGCCCAUCAUCGGGGUGGGGGGGGUGAGCAGCGGGCGCGAUGCCCUGGAGAAGAUCCGCGCUGGAGCCUCGCUGGUGCAGAUGUACACGGCGCUGGUGUACCGGGGGCCACCGGUGGUGGGGGCAGUGAAGCGGGAGCUGGAGCAGCUGCUCAGGGAGCAGGGGUUCCAGAAUGUCAUGGAGGCGGUUGGAGCAGAUCACCGGUGCUGACAUGAUGCAGGACCAAGGUCUAGGAGGAGCCGAGGUCAAGCAGGGACAGGUCUGACACUGCAGCGCUGGGCAGGCUGGGCCUGAGCCAGAGUCCUGGUGCCAGCCCCUGGGAAGGGUCAGUGGGGCUGAAGCUGGGGCUGCGCUGGUGGGCAGCAGUGCAGGGGACUGGUGCUGCUGUCCAUGGCUGUGGUUUGGCUUUCCCGUGGGCUGGGCUCCCAGUGGAAACCAGUGCUGGGUCAGGCUGUGCUGGGUGGCGAGGAAGGCCUGGAGCUGCCCUGCUGCUGCUGCAGCACAUCCGCAGGAGCACACACCUUCCCCAUGCCGCUGCCCAGAGCCACAGACAGGAGGUCCCAGCUGCCAGGGCCCUGCAGCCCACACCAGCUGCUCUGCCUGGUGCUGGGUCCUCCCGCUCCACAGCCUUGCAGGAGCCUCUGCCCCCUGCCCUCCCCUCUGCACAGGGUCUUGUAAUAAAACCGCAGGGCCUGGGUCCUGCCCCAGUGUCAAUAAACGUUUAGCUCACCUGG